AUGACUUCGAUGGCACUCCAGGUGAAAUUGCGAAAAAUAAACAUUACUCUGGAAAACUCCGCCGUCAUUCCAAAGCAAUGCGUCCUCUCGAGUAGCUCCAUGCAGCAUGAUUUUAUGGCUUACGACGCGGAGGGGUCUCGCCUGACCCCUUCGAUAAAUGGGCAAGGGCUACCAUGCCAAAAUGGACUGGCACGGUUAAGGAGGCAAGUCGAGAGAACGAGAAUUGGUACAUUAAAUGUAAGUGCUAUGAAUAGGAAGAACCUCGAAAUGAAGAAUAAGCGUGUUGGCAUAUUAUGUGUGCAGGAAACGCGCUGGAAGGAUGACAAAACAAAGGAUAUUUGGGAGGGUUAUAAAUUACUGUAUAGUGGAGCAGAUGUGAGAGGAAGAAAUGGUGUAGGUGUUAUCCUUAGUAGAGUUAUGAAGGACAACGAAAGUAAGGAUGAAAAGUUAGUCAUAGGAGGUGAAAUAAAUGACCAUAUAGGAACAGAAAAGAGAAUACAUGAAGGGUGGGGAAUGGAGGGGAUAAAUGAGGAAGGGAAAAGCAUCAUAGAUUUUGAAGUAGCAUACGACCUAGCAACAGUUUCUACUUUCUUCAAGAAGCAUAGAUACGAAACAUAG